AUGAGUGCAGCAGGACACAAAAUUCUGCUUAAUCUUGCAGACUGGCUCGAUGAGCGCAGAUCUAUCGACAGGAUCUGCCAUCUCUCCUUGGUGCUGCCGGCACAUACAGAACUUACACACUUACUUCACAUGUACUUGGAGUCGUCGGAAUCUCCAAUCAAUUUUGAUAAACUGCAACCCACGGAUCAAUUACAGGAGGCGUUACUCGCCAUUUGGAGAUUCACGCAGUGCGAUCCAUCUCUUGUGAAGCACUGGCAGCUGCUCCCGCUUAUCCAUCUCAUCAGCAGCCACGAAGACGCUGGGAUCAGGCUUCUCUCUAUAUGGAUUACAACAAGCGUCUACGAAUUAUCUAUUAAAUCCAAGAACACUCUUAUCACCAAGUUUGUCGAUUUUAGACAGCCUAUUUGGCUUAAAGAUGGUCAGGUACCCAGAGAAGACGGUCAAUCGGUAGAUAACAUGAUCGACGCUAGGAACUUAUUAAUAUUGGAAGAGUCUCGUAUUAGCAGCUACAGGCAGUCUAUUAGCUGUGCACCCAGCCAGAGUACUCCCUCAACCACCAAUCCUAGAUUAUCAGUCAUCGCUUCCAAGGUUAUUAUCUCUAGACAGUCAACACACACGCCUCUGUCUAAUUAUAUCCCUACUCCCCCACUCGAGUCAGCUCUGGUUGACUUGUCAGUCGCAUACUCUACUCGCCUCCCAACAAUCCUUUCAUCGCCGCCUUCUUCUGGAAAAUCCACGCUUAUCAACCACCUCUCCUCAAUUGUACACCCUCCAUCCGCCACCCACCCACACAUUCUCACCAUCCAUGCCGCAGAUCCUUCCCUCGAUCCAAAGGCUUUGCUCGGCUCGUACAUCUCCACUCCCCAAGGUACAUUCGCGUACGUGGAAGGUGCACUCGUCAAAGCAGUCAGGAGCGGCAUGUGGGUCGUAAUAAGGGACAUCGAUAGAGCGUCACAAGAUCUCAUGUCCAUCAUCUCAAAACUUGCUCAAUCCCUUGGUCCAACCAAGAAAUUGGCCGCAAAAGGUAUCCUCUCGAUUCCAGGCCGGAAUCCAGUCAUUGCCCACUCUUCGUUCAGACUGUUAGCCACAAAAUCAUUUACUACUCAGUCUUCUUUUUUGGGUUAUUCACAUUGGUUCCAAGUUAGCAUACCUGAACCGUCGAUCGAGGACGUAGCUACUAUUAUUGCCGGUACAUUUCCAAAGUUGUCCAAUGUCGCUAUGAAUUUCGUCAAUGUAUGGCAAACAGCAAGGGACGGUGCCAAAAUUAUGAGAACUGAUGUCAAAUCAGGUUCAGAAAGGACACUCGUAUUGAGAGAUUUGUUUAGAUGGGUGAGAAGGGUAGAGAGGUUGCUAGAAGAUGUCAACAUCCACCCAAAGACAAUCGACGAUCUUACUCGCAAUCCUAUCGUCCAGGAAGAGAUUUUGAUAGAAGCAUUCGAUGUUUUUUAUGCCCACAAAUCAACGCAGCCAGCCAUCUCACUGCUUGAGAUGAUCGGUGACGAGCUGCAUAUUAACUCUGAACGCGUGAAAUGGAUAGCCAACAACAGAUCUGCCGAAUACAAGCAAUCUGAUGUUACCUCUAACAUCUCCAUCGGACGCUCUCAGCUUAACGCCGUUUCAGCUAUUUCUCUCGCUAACAAAUCCAAGUCGACGUUCGCACUCACCAAGCCAUCACUCAAUUUGAUGGAGAAGAUUGCAGUUGGUGUGUCUCACUCAGAGCCUCUAUUGCUUGUCGGUGAAACCGGUACGGGUAAGACUACCAUGGUGUCUUAUCUGGCAAAAAACUUGAACAGAAAACUUAUUUCACUUAACCUGUCUCAUCAGACAGAGGCAAGCGAUUUGCUCGGCUCAUUCAGACCUCUUGAUCCACGUGCAGCUGCGGUAGAUGUUUGGGGUACAUACGAAGAGCUUUUUAGCACAACUUUCGACCCUACCAAGAACAAGGCCUUCUCAUCAGCCAUUAGGAAGAGUUACGUUAAUGGCAAAUGGGAGAAACUUGCUAGAGGAUGGUUGGAAGCGACCAAAAUGGCUCGUAUCAAGAUUAGCAAGGGAAUAGCCAAGGAAGACAGCACAGAAUCACCACGCAAAAAGCGUAAGACUAAUGAAAAGUCUUCCUCCACAGUUAUGUCCCAAUCAUGGGAUGGAUUUGAAUCCAAGGUCAAUGAUUUCAUUGUUCAACACGUAGACAACUUGUCUGGAAAAGCUAGAUUUGUGUUCUCGUUUGUCGAAGGUCCUUUAGUGACAGCACUGCGAAGGGGAGAUUGGAUACUUCUAGAUGAGGUCAAUUUAGCAUCGCCAGAGACUCUAGAAUGCCUGUCAUCCUUGGUCACCUCCCCUACUUCUUCGAUUGUCUUGACGGAACGUGGCGAUCUUGAAGAAAUUCCGCGCCAUCCUGACUUUAGAAUUUUCGCUUGCAUGAACCCAGCUACGGACGUAGGAAAGCGUAAUUUGCCUCAAAAUCUCCGUGAACGGUUCACAGAGAUAUAUACAGCUCCUCCUGACAACGACAAAGACGCACUCGUAUCGAUCGUCGACAAAUAUAUUGGUCAGCUAAGUGCUGGUGAUAAGGGUGUCGUUAUGGAUGUGGCAGAACUUUAUUACACCACCAAGAUGUUGGCAGAGUCUCAUGAGAUCGCUGACGGUGCCAACCAGCGGCCUCAUUACUCCAUGCGUACUCUUGCACGUGCACUUUCAUUUGCUGCGACAGUCACUCCUAUUUAUGGUCUGCGGAGAUCGCUAUGGGAGGGUUGGAUUAUGGCUUUCACCAUGCCCUUGUCAGAGAAGAGCGCAAAUGUUGUGAAAGCGCUGGCAGAGAGACACAUAGUUAAUCGAGCAAAAAAUCCUCGUACUGUCCUUAACUCAGCACCACCCAAGCCAACAUCCGACCAAUAUUUGGGACUUGGUCACUUCUGGUUAGAGCGUGGACCACUGCCUUUGGAAGUCGAUGAAGGCUACAUUCUUACUCCAUCAGUGCAGGCAAAGUUGAUCGACUUGGCUAGAGUCGUUUUGACUCGUCGCUUCCCAGUCCUCAUUCAGGGUCCAACAUCAGCUGGUAAAACAAGUGCUGUUGAGUACCUCGCCAAGCGUACUGGUCACUCUUUCGUUCGUAUCAACAACCACGAACACACAGAUUUGCAAGAAUAUCUCGGUACAUACGUUUCUGAUCCUGACACAGGUAAAUUUGAAUUCCAGGAAGGAGUUCUAGUGCGAGCUUUGAGGAAUGGUGACUGGAUAGUACUUGAUGAGCUUAACCUUGCACCAACUGAUGUCCUCGAAGCCUUGAACAGGUUGUUAGAUGACAAUAGGGAGCUGGUCAUUCCAGAGACUGGGGAAGUCGUAAAGCCUCAUCCUCACUUUAUGUUGUUCGCCACCCAGAAUCCUCCUGGUCUGUAUGCAGGCCGUAAAGUACUCUCUCGUGCGUUUAGAAAUAGAUUUUUAGAAGUGCAUUUCGACGACGUACCACAAGAUGAGUUGGAGACUAUAUUAUGUCAACGUUGCAAAAUCGCACCAUCCUACGCCAACAAGAUUGUUGCUGUUUUUCGUGAACUUCAACGCAGAAGACAAGCGGAGAGAGUGUUUGAGACAAAACAAAGUUUUGCAACACUUAGAGACCUGUUCAGAUGGGCAAAGAGAGACGUCAUUGGAUAUCAGCAGUUAGCCGAAAAUGGGUAUAUGCUUUUGGCAGAACGUGCCAGGAGAUUGGAUGACAAGGUUGUCGUUAAGGAGGUUGUCCAGGAUGUAAUGAAAGUCACCAUUGAUACCGAAGGAUUGUACAAUAUGACAGAAGGUGACAUGUUGGAGAAGAUCGGAUGUGUUCUGAAGGAUGAUACGGGAAUGGUAUGGACUAAGGCUGCCAAGAGACUGUUUGUUCUGGUCGCUAUGGCUUUAAAAUACAACGAACCAGUCUUGUUGGUUGGUGAUACAGGUACCGGUAAGACCUCAGUCUGUCAAGUGCUCGCAAACACUCUCAACCAGCGUCUUCGAGAUAUAUCUUGCCACGAAAACAUCGAGACUGCGGACAUUCUCGGUGGUCAGCGUCCUAUUCGGAACAGAGCGGCGAUGCAAUCCCAGAUAGUUCUAGAAGCAAAUGAGGUGCUUGGUGGUGCUGUUGGUGGGGAAAUCGAUGGUAUUAGCAUUGCCCUGAAUGAGGCGCUUAGUCAGGAAAUGCCUCAAGAUAAAAUAGAGGUUAUCCGGACUAUUCAGACUAAAAUCAAACAUGCUACCGCGCUUUUUGAAUGGCACGAUGGUCCUUUAGUUGAGGCAAUGCGUCAUGGCGAUCUGCUCUUGAUGGAUGAGAUAUCAUUGGCAGAUGACGCUGUGCUGGAGCGUCUAAAUUCGGUUCUAGAGCCAUCUCGCUCAUUGGUGUUAGCUGAGAGGGGCGGCAAAGACAUCGAGCAGCUGCAAGUAACCGCAACACAUGGAUUCCAAAUUAUCGCUACUAUGAAUCCAGGUGGAGAUUUCGGCAAAAAGGAGCUGUCUCCUGCUCUUCGUAACCGUUUUACUGAGAUUUGGGUGCCGGCUAUUGAAGAUCGUGAGGAUCUCGAAAUGAUUAUCAAGAGUUCUUGGAAGAACACGAUUUUGGACAAGUAUGCUUCCAAAAUGCUUGAUUUUGUCGACUGGUUCUCCGCUCACAACUUCGGCGGCGGUGGGAUUUCAACGACCAGUGUUGGAUUACGUGAUUUAAUCGCUUGGGCUAAAUUCCUUGAUUACGUCACAAAGUGGCUAGAUCCUCAGCAGGCGUUUAUUCAUGGUGCUGCGUUAGCCAUCUUUGAUGGGCUUCACUUCCACGCCCAGGAGAAGUGUGCUGAGAAAGCGAUUUCCACAGUUGGUGCUACUCAAGAAGUCGUUUCCUUACAAUCUACCAUCAACGAUACCCAUGACUCCUUCUCCAUAGGCCCAUUCGGCGUUGCAAAAGGUGACCUUAGCACUUCAAACAAGUCAUUCAGUUUCCAUGCCCCCACAACUCGUCUCAAUGGUAUGAAAGUGUUGCGUGCAUUGCAAGUGCCCAAGCCGAUUUUGUUGGAGGGCAGUCCAGGUGUUGGUAAGACCAGUUUGGUUGCAGCUCUUGCGAACUCAACGAAUCGACACUUGGUUCGUAUCAACCUUUCUGACCAGACAGACUUGAUGGAUCUUUUCGGCUCGGAUUUACCAGUUGAAGGAGGAAAGCCUGGAGAAUUUGCUUGGCGGGAUGCCGCAUUCUUAAGCGCUAUGCAAGAAGGCCACUGGGUGCUGCUGGAUGAAAUGAACCUUGCAUCGCAGUCUGUUCUCGAGGGUCUUAACGCUGUCCUCGAUCACCGUGGCUCGGUAUUUCUGCCUGAGCUAGGCAGGCAUUUCGAAAAGCACUCAUCAUUCCGUAUAUUUGCUGCCCAGAAUCCUUUGCAACAAGGUGGUGGUCGUAAGGGUCUUCCACAGUCGUUCUUGAACAGAUUUUCGAAAGUUUAUGUCCAAGAGCUGUCACCUGAGGAUCUUAUCAUUAUCUGCCAACAACUCUACCCAUCUUAUCCACAAGAUACCCUCACCAAAAUGAUUGAGUUCAACAGACGUCUUGAAAUCGAAAUCGCUCAAAAGCGCUCAUUCGGACGUGAUGGCGCUCCUUGGGAGUUCAAUUUGAGGGACAUUCUCCGCUGGCUUCAACUCUUGCAUACUCCUUCAGCCGUCGAGACAGAGGACAGAAAGCCAAGCGAUUAUCUUUACAGCAUCUACCUAAGUCGUUUGAGAACUGAAGUUGACAGGGAGUCAGCAGCAAACCUAUACAAGUCCAUUUUCGAUGAAAAAUUCUCGCUUGGGCGUCCACAAUACCUCAUCUCUGAUAGCGAAGUCCAGAUAGGUAAUGCCCACAUUGUUCGCGGUGAAAAGCACCACUCAGCUGUCCUGCCUACUAUUACACUUCAAUCGCACCUGCACGCACUUCAAACGCUAACAAGAACGUUUGAUAUGGGAUGGCUUGCGAUUAUUGUCAGUCAUGCCGCAUCAGGAAAGACAGGUCUAGCUAGGCAUUUUGCCGCGCUUUCUGGUCGCAAAUUGCAUGAGUUCGAUAUGAACGCUGGUGUGGACACUAUGGAGUUGUUAGGGUCGUUUGAGCAAGCUGACGCCACGAGAAUAAUUCACAAUGUCCUUAACUCCUUACUUGAAGACUUGGACAAUCACCUCGGUAUCAAUGUCGACGAGGACCAGUUUGUGGCUAUUGAUAACAGCAGAACUAUUAUCAGAGCAGCUCAAUCUGACUUUGAAAAGCACGGCAACAAGGCUAUUUCUGUUGUCAAUGAAAGCGUAGCAAGGGUAUUUGAAUCACGUGUUGGUGUUAGUUUCGAGACCUUUGAAACAGUCAACAAGCUUUUGGAAGACUACAAUGCCCAAUUAAGUCAGUCAGAGGCUGGCAGAUUCGAAUGGGUAGAUGGUGUGCUUCUGCGUGCCAUGAAGAAUGGUGAUUGGCUUCUCAUCGAUGAUGCCAAUCUCUGUAGUCCUUCUGUACUUGAUAGACUGAACUCUCUAUUUGAAACUGAAGGCAGUCUUGUCUUGAGCGAGCGUGGCAUGGUUAAGAACCAAAUUCAAACCAUAAAACCACACCCCGAUUUCAGAAUGAUCAUGGCUUUAGAUCCUCGUCAUGGAGAGCUGUCAAGAGCUAUGAGAAAUCGAGGUAUUGAAAUAUAUCUUUCACCACCAACUUCGUUCGACAAAGAAUCGAUUCUCUCAAUGACCAGAAUCAGUGGACCAUCUGACGCGUCGCUGAUGAAGAAUGCCGUCGAAACGCAGAAAGCUUCUCGUGGCUUACUGGAGGAAAGAAGAGACGAGCAUAAUUUGCCUUGGGUCAAUAUUGGCUUAGAAGAUCCUGAUGCAGAGGCAAUUUCUCAAUCCGCUUACAUUCUCUCCUGUGGUCUUGACAAGGUCAGUGCUGAUGCAGGCUUGCUGCAACUUGUCAGGACACUGAGUGUAGCUCGCUUGAAAACUAGCGCUUCAGCGUUACAGCUGCUCGAUAGUCAGAACACCAACAAUAGGCUUGUUCAGAUUGUUGAACGUGUCGUUCAGUCCUCAUUUGCACAAAGCCGUAAUGUAAAUUCAAUGGUUCCUCUCAGCACUCUCAUCUUUGACUAUGGUCUGUCUAGCGACGACGCCACUUAUAUUGGAUACGUCGUAGAUCUUUGUACAAGAAUGGUUGUUGCGGGCGUGGACUGGGAAACUCGCAAAAAGACUGCGUCUUGGGUUAAUCACAAGGAUCUGACAAUCCUUGAUCGUGCUGCUCUUAUCCAAGCGAAGAAGAACGUUCCUUCAAACACACCUGACAAUGUUAAUGAGCUUGGCAUAGCUAUCCAGCGUCAGCAAAAGCUUGGAGGAGUCAUCGAAGGACUGUUAACAAAACGCGUAGAUUUUAGCGUUCUAAAAACAUUUGAACGCCUUGUUGAUCUUCACGUGGAGCUGGAGAACACUACUAACAACGUCCACUUUGAUUACUCCUCCAUGCAAGUUGUGCUGGAAAUGAUGAAAGACGUCCUUACUCAGAUUGACGUUCCCAACCAAAUGGAGGCUAUUGAUGCACUUGCCACCACAGUUGAAAUGAAGAGUGGACAGGGGUUAAAUGAAAUUUGGUCUUCACUCCUUCCAGAUAUUCGCGAUAGGCAAGCUGAUGAACUAAUGAAAGGACUCAAGAAAUAUAGUAAAAAUUUAAAGCCAGAGAUGAAAGGAUCGUUUAUCGAAAUCGUUGCCUCCCUUGGACUGUCGAAGAUUGCACAAAACGUGUACGGAUUAGCAAGCGAUCUGCUGAAGGAGCUAGUCGUGGAUAAACCAGCUGCUGAAAGUGAUGAGCGUAAGGAUGCUGCAAAUGCUGCAUUCGAUGUUGCACUUGAGACGUCUAUGAUAGAUUCUCCACAGACCGCCCAAGUUAAAAAUGCUGCUUUGGUCCAACGCUUUACCCAGGACAAGCACGUGGAUCCUUUAUCUGUUGUGGGGUUGAAGCAAGCAAUCUGGCUCAUGGAAGUGCAGCCUGGGAAAGUUGACUCCACCAUUUACUUGACAAUGCUCACAUCAUGGAUGGCGCGUACUUGGUCUUUACAAGAUGGCCAUUUCUCCGGUCCAGCAGAUUUACUGAGACCACUCACACUUCGUGCUGUUUCUGAAAGAUGCUCUCGCAACAAAAAGAGGUCUGUUAGAGAUAUCAGCACCAUUCAUGACAAUCUUCAAAAGGACGCUAAAGCAUUGGUGCUCAACUCUAGCUCGUUUGACAAACCUCGUCAAAUGGUUUUGAAAAACGUUAUGACAGUAGUGGUGUUGCUGAUCUUCAGUGCAUUUGCUCCACAAAUCGAUGCAAGCGAAAAUGAUAAGGAGAUGAUUCUUCAACCAAACUCGACAGAUGAUUUGAAUGUUGACAAGUUGAAAUUAUUGGCAGGAAAAUGCCAACAUCAAGAAUUCAAGAACAUCGCUGACACCGUCUUAUGCCCUGCUUUAGAUGUCGAAGUUUCCGACACACGCAAAAUCAGCAGAGCUUGGAUCAGUGUGUCAAUGGCGUGUUUGAAACUUUACAUUCCAAAUUUUGCGCUUGACCCAUCUGUUCCUGCACAGUCUAGGCGCUUAUUCGGAAAGCAUCGUGAAGAGAGACUUCUUGCUGAACUUGCGGCUGCGAAGGAGUAUGAAAGAAUUACAAGUGGAAAUCAGACAAGCUCUCUUAUACAAUUUAUCCAAGAGAGGCUUGCCAGUGUUCGUUCAGAGGCAACCUUUUCAACAGGUGUCACGAUUAAUCGUUCAACAGAUCUCUCACUCCUCACGGCGCUGUAUCAAGAACUGCAUCACUUUGCUCAGCAAACUUAUGCAUCUGAUAGGUUCACCACUUUGCUUAACAAGAUAGAGACUUUACUAGAUGACGAAGUACUAUUCCAAGAACAGACAGUUCAAAGCAACAUUGAAGGAUUUUUAAGACGUCUCGAUGGGGUUUAUGCUUUCUACGAAGAUCUUAUUCAUCCUAUCAGACUCUUCUUACACAUGUUGAGAGUUGGAUUGCGUGCGUUUGCUCACACCUGCCGUGUUCAAGAUAGAAGGCUUCUUGGUGAUGCAGCUCCACUUAACAGCGUAGUUAAGAAUAUCGGACGCUUCCCUCUUAUUUCAGCAUUCGAACACCUCCGCUCAAUAGAUCUUCCUGAAGAAUCCACGCCAAUUUCUGAUAGCACGUCUCCACCAACUAAGCUUCUGUUGCUCGACUUAUCAGCACUUGCUUUCGAGGACGGGUUGGGUCUCUCUGCGGAUAAAGACGUAGAAAGAUACGACCAGGCCUGUGCUGCGUUGUACGAGCGUUGGAAGGUAGAUAAAACACGGGAGCAGAUUGCAGCUGAAGAAGCAGCUUCACUUUACAAACCUCACAACCAUGAUGAAGAUAUACUCGAAGAUGCCGAAGCUGAAGAAGCUGACUUCAAGGCCUUAUUCCCAGAGUACGAAGAUGUUUUGAAUGUCGAUACUGCAGCUGCCAAAGCCGCUGGUAUCGCUACAUCUGAUACUCAAUCACUUGUUACGAAAGACGACACUUUAGCCGUUUAUCAGCUUCAUUUGGCUAUAUGCGGCUCAAUCAGAGAUCCAUCAUUCGCUACUCGUCGUAAUAAUCUCGUUCAGGAUGCCGCUUUGUCAACAUUUGCCACCCUUUCAAGUGAACUUGACCAGCAAACUUACUCAAUUCAGGUUGGUGUUCUUGCCGAGCAAAUUAAGCAAUUUGAAAGCGCUGGCGAUAUCUCUUCAUUUGACUUCUAUCAUGAUGCAGACAUCUCUCAAAAUAGACGCGCCAGAGACGUCGUUGACAGAUUAUCUAUUCGUUUGCUGCAAAUCUAUGAGGAGUGGCCUGACCAGUUGAUACUUCAACAUCUCAAUGAGCGCUGUCAGGCUAUUUUGCGCAUGGACUAUAGAUGUCCUUUGGCUGCCACACUAAGUGCGCUCGAGACAUUGCUGAUGCAAACCGAAGAUUGGGAAAGCAACGCUAGCAGAGAUGUGUCGCUUAGCCUAAAUAGGGAUGAGAUCGUCGGCCUGAUUGUGUACUGGCGGCGUAUGGAGCUUGGUACAUGGGCUACCUUACUGCAACGUCAAGAGUCUAUGUUCAAAAAUGACUUAAGUAUAUGGUGGUUUAGAUUCUAUGAAACUAUCGUUCAUGGUCUGGAAGCGGCAUCGCAUACCGAAGAUCCUGAAGAACAAGUGACAAAGCAUUUGAGCUCCGUUGUUGAACUGCUCGACAAGUUCCUUUACACCAGUUGGACCGGACACUACUCUCCUAAGCUUGCUCUUAUCAAGUCGUUUGCAGAAUUGCUUGAUAGGAUUUCUACUCUACGUUCCCGUGAGACUCUCACUCGCGCAUCCAAGCUGCUCAACGGUAUAUAUUCAUACUACCAACAGUUUGAGCAUCGUAUUAAUGAUAGUAUGCAGCGCAAGCGUACCGAUCUGGAGAGUAAGAUACAAGAUUGGAUCAAAAUGGCUAGCUGGAAGGAUGUUAAUGUCUUUGCGUUACGUUCCAGUGCUCAAAAGACUCAUCGUCAACUUCACAAGAGUAUCAGAAGUUUCAGAGACAUUCUCAAUCAGCCUGUAGAGUCUUUCCUGACUCGAGACUCUGAUGUUGGUGCUCAGGCUACACUGUUAUCAACGCAAAGCUCUGCACUUUCCUCUCAAGACGCUAGUGGCAUGGACGAUGGCUCAAGAAGACCAAUCGCGCCUGCACAGUCCCAUCUCCGUACCCUUCCAUCUUUGUAUGAAAAGCUUAAGCAAAAGCUGUCUACUGAAGUUGGUCAGGAUGAAUCGGAGGCACUUGAUGACCUAUCAACGACUAUCAUCACAAAGACGCAGGAAUUCCGCAAAGCAACGCCUAUGCAUAUUACUGAGGAGAACAAGGGUACAGUCAAGUCUCUCACUGCUCAGAAGCACAGAGCUUGGGGAGAUUUAUUGAAGGAGCUGAAGCGUUUGGGACUCUCCCCUAAUCUGAGAGCUGACAUGGCUGGUUUACUUAGAGAUUCUUCAAAAUUAUUCCAACUUCCAAAUCUCAUGAUCUUAAACGGCGAAAAGGCUUCUCUAAGUAGCACUUUAUGUGAAAUGAUCCCAAAGGCGGAUUCGUAUCACUAUCGUGUACUCGCUUUACUUCCGCGUUUGAGAGUUUCACUUGCUAUGCACGCUGAGGAUGUCUCUACGAAAGAUUUAACCCGCGCUCUGAAUUUUGUUGAGAGUGCUAUGGCUGUUACCGUUAAGCAGAGAGAAAUCUUCUCACGUACUUUGAAGUCACUUCAGGUCGUCACAGGCUUGACAGAAAGACUCAUGGAACUAGGUGCUUCGGAGGAACUCUCUGAUUCAAGCUUCAGUUGUGAUCAGUUAGCUGUAUUGAAGAAUUUCUUCUUAUCAGCAGAGAAUGUUUUCAAAGAGGGUUCAAUGUGUAUCGAUGACUACUUGCACCUUACAAAGGCAGCUGGUCAAGCUUCUGAUAGCUCGAUCAAUGAUGCGCUUUCCGCCUUUGACAGCUUUGCGAUGUCAGCUAGUUCUUUAUCCAACAAAGUGGGCGACCUGUAUGAAAGUUCAUCAGGUUAUAGUCUAUUUACUCAAGGUAUUUUUACUUAUCCAGCUUUCGGCUUUACUGACGCAAUUUCAGAUGAUGUUAAUUUGAUUGAAAAGGCAUCUGCUGAGGCUUCAAGCUAUCUCACCACCAUUCGCGAACUUACUAUUAGAGUUCCAUCCCUCUCACACAUCCUCAAACCAAUGUCAGAAUGGCUUAGUAAAAAGGUCAUUGAUACAACCUCAUUUGAAGCACCAAAGAAAGACGUUGAUGUUAAAGAUGUCUGGUUACAAAGUGACGCUCUCAUUAACAGUGUUCUUGUGGUUGCUCAAUCUGCUCAGAAGACCGAAGAAUUAGCCAAUGAGGACAUGGAUCUCGCUGACAACGCAUUUGGAAUGGCUGAAAAUUCACUAAAGCGCUUCACCAGCAACGCUCGCGUUGACAGUGUCAGUGGCGAAGUUGCCAAAUUCUUCGAACUCCUCUCACAUGCUUCUAAUGAACACCGUGUCUCAUCUGCCACAGCUCUCAAGCGUUCAGUACCAUUCAUUAGACAUUACGUUCAAUGGUCGUCAGGGGAGCUAGACAGGAUGAUAAGUUGGUAUAAAGCCACACUCAAGUUUGCCCUUAUACUUGCUUCGACAUUUCUAUCGGUAGCUGAAAAAGGCUUUUGUAAGCCAGAUGAAAUGGAUGACGGCGAGGAUGGUGAGCAAGGUGAAGGAAAACUUGAAGAGGGUACAGGUUUGGGUGAAGGAGAGGGCGCAGAGAACAUUUCGAAUCAAAUUCAAAACGAAGAGCAAGUUGAGGGUCUCAAAGAUGAAGGUGGCGAUGAAGGAGAUGAAAAGAAUGACGAUGAGAAGCAAAAAACUGAAGCUGAAGAUCAAGCUAUUGAAAUGAAUGAGGACUUUGAUGGUGAUAUGGAUGAUGCGUCUGAUAGAGACGGCGAAGAGGGUGAAGAAAGAGAUGAAGAAAACAUGGACGAACAGAUGGGUGAUGCAGAUCCUCUUGAUCCUGGUGCCGUAGAUGAGAAGAUGUGGAAUGAUGAAAAUGACCAGGAGAGUGGUGAAAAAGAUGACCACGUCGACAACGAUGCGAAAGGUCAAGGCGAGUCAGAGACCGUUGCCAACGAAGACACGAAGCAAUCCAACAAAGAAGAUAAUCCAGAGCAAGGCGAAGAAGCUGGUGAUGAGAAGGAGGAGGGAGGUGAUGAGAAGGAAGAGAUGGGCGAUGAAAAGGAGGAAAUGCCAGAAGCACAAAAUGAUGAGGAGGGACCUGGUGAAGAGGAUGAAGGUGCCGGACAAGAUAAAGGUGACCAACUUAAUAACGAGUUACCGGAGCCGGAAAUGCUUGAUCUACCAGCAGGUAUGGAAUUAGACAACCAACAGAAAGAGAAAGAGGCUGGUGAUGAUGAAGAUGAGGAAGGGUUCGAAAAUGAUGAUAUGGGCGGAGACGAUAUGGAUGGAAAUGAAGUUGAAGAGAAGGGUGAAUCUGAAGAAGGAGGUGAUGAGCCACGCCUAGACGAAGCUCAAAAGGAGGGAAGCGAUGGCGAGGAGAAUGAAGAAGAUCCUACAGGAGAGAAUGAAGACGCAGAUAAACCAGACGUAGAGCGCAAUGACGAGGAACAAGCUGCUGAGGGUGAAGAAGGCGAGGGCGAGCAGGAGCAAGAGAAAGACAAAGCUGGUGAGCAGCCUCAAGCUCAGCAACAAGAAACUCCAGCUGCUCCUCAGCAAGCUGACAAUGGCGGGGGUAUGGAUGAAGGCAAUCAGGAUGACGGUGGUGCUGCUCAGGGCACCACAGGUCAGCAAGCGGAUGCGAACAAAAAUGACGCUUCAGUUCAAGAGACGCAAGACCAGGCAUACGAGUCUCAACCAACUGAAUUCGACCCAGCAUCCCAAGCUCAAGGGCAAAUGGCAACUAAUGAAAAUACUGAAGCCAGCAGAGAUCAACCACAAGAUCAACAGGUUGAUCCAAACCCACUUCGCAGUUUAGGCGAUGCGAUGCAAGAGUUCAGGCGCAGAUUUGAUGAAAUCGCCGAAGCACAGGAGCGUCCAUCCGAGGGCGAUGAGAAGGGUGCUGAAGAGCAGAUCAAAGAUGAUCAACCACUUGAGUAUGUCAAAGAAGGCGACGAAGAUGCCAACGAUACACAAGCACUCGGUGCAGCACCCGAUGAACACGUCGAGAAGCUGAAUGAUUUGCAAAUCGCAGAUGAAAACAAAGAAGCUGAGCAAGACGCGGAAAUGGACUUUGACGAUGACCACAUGAAUAACGAGGCAGGAUCAUCGAACCAAAUGAAGCAGAUUGAUACUGAUGCCAAUGCUCCUGAAACUGAAGAAGGUCAACCUGAUGCUAUGAAUAUCGAUGAGGAGACUGAAGAGCGUGUCAAGCAAGAAGAGGAGGAAAAGAUUUUGGAGAGUGACACUGAAGAAAAAGAACAGGAGAUGGAUCAGGCAGCAGAGCUGAAGGUAAUGGAAUGGACUACCGGCGGAGAGAAGCGUGAUUCGAAGGAUGUCUGGAAAAUUUAUGAAUCCAUGACAAGGGAUCUUUCUUUCGGAUUAUGCGAACAGCUCCGUCUCAUCCUUGAACCAACUCUUGCCACUAGACUGAAGGGUGAUUACAGGACUGGUAAAAGACUGAACAUGAAAAAGAUCAUUCCUUACAUUGCCUCCGAAUUUACCAAAGACAAGAUUUGGUUGAGACGCACGAGACCUUCCAAGAGAGAGUAUCAAGUUCUGCUCGCUCUCGAUGACUCUAAAUCCAUGUCGGACGUACACACCAUCCACUUAGCAUUCCAGUCUUUGGCACUUAUUUCGAAGGCUCUGACAACACUUGAGGUUGGAUCUAUUGCCAUUUCCAAGUUUGGUAAAUCAAUGGAUGUCUUACACAGCUUUGAAGAUGGCGUGUUUACAGAUGAUGAAGGAGCAAAGGUGCUUGACAGCUUUACGUUUGCUCAAACAGAGACGAACGUACACUCGCUGGUUGAUACUUCACUCGACAUGCUCGGAGAUGCAAGGGAAGGACAGCGCGAUGAAGAGUUGCACCAGCUGAUGUUCGUCCUCUCUGACGGUAUCUGCUCGAACCACGAAAAGAUGGCUAGACUGCUCAGACGCGCUCAAGAAGACAAAGUUCUGAUAGUUUUCGUGGUGCUCGACUCGCUCAAAGAGGAUUCGAACUCUGUCCUGAGCAUGACCCAAGCCAGCUACAAAAUGUUAGAAGGUAGACCUCAGCUGAGUGUGGAGAGAUAUAUGGACACGUUCCCAUUCCCAUACUACGUCGUAGUAAGAAACAUAGACAAUUUGCCUGACAUUUUGUCAUCUACCCUCCGCCAAUGGGCUGAGGCAUUGACGAACUCAAGCGCUUGA